CUUGAUGGAGCCUGUCCGGCUACUGGCCUCAUCGCGAUUGCCGUAGGGAGACAUUGCAGUCUUCCACAGCUAGCGAAAGCCAGUAUGCCGCAGCAUGACGACGACACGCCCAACAUCCAGAAGAUCCCGAACCGCCCCCAAAGGACCUGACCGAGGUAUCGCGGGCCGUCUUGCGCAGCGAGCAGGCGAAGAGGUGGACCAAGAAGUACAGGACCGAGGUCGCGGCGAGCUCGAGCAGUCUUCUCUCGACUUUUGUGGCGUAUCCUCUCGACUCGGUCAAGACGAGGUUGCAAGCCUACAAGUUCAACUCCUUCAGCGACUGCGUGCGACACACCUACAGGACUGAGGGCUUCCACGGCUUCUGGCGCGGUGUAUGGUCGCCCCUCCUCAGCAUAACCCUCGUCCGCACCGUCUCCUUCUCGAUAUACCAACGCUCCAAAUACGCCCUCGAUGACUGGAUAUACCAGGCCACCGGCAGUUCGCCGCUCGUCAUCGCCAACACCAAAGGCGCAUACCCCACGCUAUCGACAAUAGCAUGCUUUGGAUUGGCAGGAGCUGGCGCGGGUGCCACCAUCACGGCAAUAGCUUGUCCGUUCGAGCUGACCAAGCUA